CAGCCUUAGAUGUGUUAAAACAAUGUUGACGACGAAACUGACCUUCACUUCAUUAGCGAUACAACCAUUGCUACUCAGUAGUUAGGAAUAAGUCCCAGCUUGUUCAAACGUAUUUUCUAGCAAUAGCCCAUAAUGGAUAUCAGCUUUCAAAAUAAGCGCGUGCUUGUAACUGGGGCUGGACAAGGUAUAGGAAGAGAACUUGUAAAAGCUUUAGUCCGUUAUGGAGCAGAAGUUAUUGCUUUGUCUCGCACAAAGAAGCAUCUUGAUACUUUGUGUCAAGAAGUAAAUGUGACUCCAGUGUGUGUUGAUCUAUCAGACUGGGAGACGGCUCGGGAAGCGGUGAGGAAGAUUGGCCCAGUUGACUGUUUAGUAAAUAAUGCUGCUGUUGCAUUACUGGACCCAUUCUUGAAGGCAAAACCAGAAGAUUUUGAUAAGAGCUUUGCUAUUAAUGUUAAAGCAGUGCUUAAUGUCAGUCAGGUUGUUGCAGAAAGUAUGAUUCAAAGAGGAAAAGGAGGAACUAUUGUAAAUUUAUCCUCUCAAGCUUCACAGGCUGCACUAGCAGACCAUGCAAUAUAUUGCGCUUCAAAGGCUGCUGUAGACCAGCUUUCUAAAGUGAUGGCUCUUGAGCUUGGACCUCAUAAUAUUAGAGUCAACUGUGUCAAUCCAACUGUUGUAAUGACUGAAAUGGGGAAGAUAGGUUGGUCAAAGCCCGAGAAGGCAGCAACAAUGCUAUCCAAAAUUCCUAUGGGAAGGUUUGCUGAACCUGAAGAUGUAGUUAAUGCUGUAAUCUUCCUGCUCAGCAGUAAAUCUGAUAUGAUAAAUGGGAUAUGUGUACCUAUUGAUGGAGGAUUCCUUGCAUGCUAACACUGUUUAUAUUUAUCUUAUAAAUGACAGCUGUGUCAGAAGAACCAAAACUUCACACUUAAUCUAAAGGAAAAUGAUAUUUGGAAUUUCAUAUAUAAUAUUAAUUUAGCAUAUAAAUCAGUAAUAUAAGAGAAAAUUUGCAGUUAUGCAUGGAACAGAUAAAUAUUUUUUUUUCCAGUUGCUGUCAGUACUGACAAAUAAAAUUUGGAGUCACUCCUGGAACAAAACAAUGUUAAUGCCUCAAACCCUUAUGACAAUUUUACACCUUACAGCAUAUGAGUCCAACAUAAUACCAUGAAAAUCACUAUAAGCGGUUCUGAUACUGACUCUUUAAGACACUGUUGAUUGUUGGCAGAUUAGAACCAGUAAAAUUAUAAUUUAAGACAAUGUGAAAGGCAAAGCACAGAAUCAAAUAUUUACUUAGAAAAUUAGAAAUUUAUUAGUAUGGAAUUCCUGUUACUCUGUCUUUAAAUGUGUAAAUCAUAAAAUUUUAGUAUGGAAUUACAGGAAUAAUGACAUAUGA